AUGAAGAGAGCUUACCAGAACAUUACCUUCACUGAACCAACUAUCCUAGUAACAGACCUAGCCAAUGACCCACCAGCCCACGACAGCGAUUCGGAUGACGAGCUAGCCAUCAAACCUGAGGAACCAAUCAAGGAGGUCAAGCAGACUCCAAUGGUCGACAUAACCGAUGUUUCAGCCGCCAGAUUUACCGAAGCGAAACAAGCCUGGCAUGAGGCAUUUUACGUGGCGUGCUCAGUGGCGUGGUAA